UUAAGUAGGUAGUCAUAUUUUCUUGGAAUAUUAAAAAUUUGAACAAAAAUGCGUUCUUCGGCCUGGAGACGAUCACAAAAAUCAUUUAUAAAGACCUUAUAAUAAUGAUAUCGAGAAGGAUGCUCAAUUCACAAUCUAAAAUUGCACGAUAAUGUGGAAGUCGUUACCACGAACUAAACGAAAGUGGCGGGAUCCCCCAUCAGGCAGAGGAUGGGAGCGAAACCGUCUUCAUCGGAUAAGUGCUAUUACACUCUACUUCGUACUUCUGACUGUCUGCAUAACGAUUCGGGAAACGCAGGGUGCUGAAUGUCCUCCACCUGACUCACUAGCGGGAUGUCCAUGUUACAAUUUUCAAGAUGGACUGUUUCUCGAAUGCGCUGGUUCGACAGAGGAAUCUUUGAGAAGUGCAUUAUCAGGAGUAUUGCGUGCUGGGAAACCAGAAGGUGCCCUUAUCCAAUCCCUGAGUGUCUACGAACUUGAUCGGAAGCUACAGGAGCUUCGACCAGCCGCCUUUCCAACGGGGUCUCAAAUUCGACAUCUACAAAUCUCACAAUCUAAUAUCCGCGAAGUAACUGAAGAUACAUUUAAAAAAAUAGAAUUCAGCCUAGAGUCUCUGGCAAUAGUUUCCAGUAAACUGCCUAACGUUCCACAACAAGCCCUUGCUCCAUUAGUUCGCCUAGCUGCUCUAGAUCUUGAGGCUAAUCUAAUUCAUGAUCUCACCAGCUAUAUCUUCUACGGUCUUUCUCUCCUCAAACUCAACCUAAAGGGAAAUCAGAUCACAAAAAUUUCGGAAUACGCUUUUGCUGGCCUCGAAGAUACCCUAAAAGACCUAGAUCUCACUGAAAACAAAAUAAAAAUUUUUCCCAUGACUGCGCUUCGACGACUGGAACAUCUCGCUUCCCUCAGACUUGCCUGGAAUGAAAUAUCAAAACUACCAGAAGAUGGAUACUCCAGAUUAGACAAACUCAAUUUCUUAGACCUAAGUAGCAAUAAUUUUCAAAUCAUCCCUUUAAACUGUUUUCGGUGUUGUCCAUCCCUCAAGACUCUUUCGCUUUACUACAAUGCCGUGGAAUCCGUCGACAAGGACGCUUUGAUAUCACUGAAAGACCUCGAGUCGAUAGAUCUCAGCCACAACAAAGUGGUCUUUCUAGACAUAGCAACUUUCCGUGCCAAUCAAAAACUCAGAUCAAUAGAUCUUAGCCACAAUCAUAUUCACUACAUUCGAGGAGUAUUCUCCAGACUACCUGACCUGAAGGAACUCUUCUUAGCUGAAAACAAUAUUCUGGAAAUACCGGCUGAUGCCUUCUCUGGUAGUUCCAGUCUCUCUGUAAUAUAUCUCCAGCAAAAUGCUAUCAGAAGAAUCGACGCUAGAGGUCUUGCUACACUUGACCACCUGGCUCAAUUGCACCUUAGUGGUAACUAUAUAGAAAAGGUACCACGCGAUUUUCUCCAGCAUUGUGAAAAUCUUUCAACACUUUCCCUUGAUGGAAACUACAUUCGGGAAUUAGAAGUAGGUACCUUUACCAAAGCCAAUCACCUUAAGGAGCUGCGAUUACAAGACAACCAGAUUACAGAGGUCAAGAGGGACGUUUUUUCUCCAUUGCCACGCCUUUUAGAAUUACAUCUACAAAACAACGCGAUCACUGAUAUGGAAACAGGAGCUCUUAGAGCCCUACAUAGCCUCCAACAUGUUAACCUCCAAGGGAAUCUUUUAGCUGUCUUGGGCGAUGUCUUUCAAAUUUCUAAUGAACUGGGUCAAACCGGAAAUGGUGGAAGUUCUUUAGUCUCGAUACAACUCGACAAUAAUGGUCUUGGUGUUCUACACAACGAUUCACUUAGGGGUCAAGCAUCAGUGCGAAUAAUGUGGUUGGGUCACAAUAGGCUUACUCGCCUCCAAGCGCCUUUGUUUCGGGAUUUACUCUUAGUCGAGCGGCUUUAUCUCACUAACAAUUCGAUCUCCCGUAUAGAAGACAAUGCUUUCUUGCCGAUGCAAGCCCUCAAGUUUCUAGACCUUAGUAUGAACAGACUAACUCACGUAACUGUAAGAACCUUUUCGGAACUUCACGAACUUGAGGAACUUUAUUUAGGAGAUAACGGACUUCGCAGAAUGGAUGCAUAUGCUCUGACUGCGUUAAAAAGGUUACGAGUUUUGGAUCUCGCAAACAAUCAUUUGAAUGUUCUGCAUGAUAGUAUCUUCCAGGAAGGUCUCCCAAUUAGAACUCUGAAUUUGAGGAACUCUUCAGUCAGUAUAAUCGAACGGGGAACUUUCCGCGGACUGAACAAUCUUUAUGAAUUGAAUUUGGAACACAAUCACUUUACUGUCGCAGCUUUGGAUCGAUUGGAUAUUCCGGGAUUGCGGAUCCUCAGAAUAUCCCACAACAAUUUUAGCCAAAUUAAUAGAGACUCUUUGGAUGGUUUACCUUCUCUUCAGCACUUAGCGAUGGACACCUGUCAACUUUACAGAAUUCCUCCAGAACUUUUUUCAAAAAAUAAGAAUUUGGGUAAGUUGUUAUUGAGUAACAACUUACUAAGAACGCUACCAGGUUUCUUGUUUAUGGGUCUGGAUGUUCUUAAGGAGGUCAAACUAGAUGGAAAUAGAUUUCAAGAUAUUCCCUACGAGGUUUUCAUCAACGCUUCUAAAAUAGAGUUCCUUUCCCUGGCCUAUAAUGUUAUACUUCACGUCGAUAUAUCAAGACUCCACGGGUUGGUCAAUCUCAGGGAAUUAGAUUUCCGAGAUAAUUAUAUUAUGUCCCUAUCGGGUUUCGCAUCUGUGCAUCUCUCAAAACUUAUAUCAGUGGAUCUAAGUCACAAUCACUUGACCGCUCUCCCAGCUAAUUUCUUCGUCCACUCGAACCUGCUUCGCAAAGUAGAAUUAGCCGUAAACAAGUUUCGACAAAUUCCAGCAACAGCUCUAUCUUCCCAGAACAUACCAAGUUUAGGGUGGUUAAAUGUGACGGCAAACCCUUUAGUGAGAAUUCACGAAAUCAGUUCAGAAGCGAGCUACCCUGCAUUGCAGGAGAUCCAUAUUUGUGGUACAAAUCUGACUAUAGUGACUAGUCAAGACUUUGAAGCCUUUCCCUCACUGAUGCACCUCUUUAUGGGUAACAACAUGAUCUCAAGGGUCUCCCCGAGUGCCUUUCGUAGCUUGCCGAAUUUGUUGACCCUAGACCUCAGUGUCAAUGAGUUGGAAUCAAUGCCGCAGGAGAGAUUAAAGGGACUGGAAUACUUGAGACUAUUGAAUUUGACUCAUAAUCGAUUAAAGGAACUAGAGGAAUUUCCGGCAGAUCUAAAAGCCCUACAAGUUUUAGACCUUUCAUAUAAUCAAAUCAGCGAAGUAAGAAAAGCCACGUUUCAACACUUGGAGAACCUCGUUGAACUUCAUCUGUAUGGAAAUUUGAUCUCGAAAAUAUCAUCUGAUGCAUUCCGACUACUUAAGAAGCUCAAGAUUCUGGAUCUCAGCAAAAAUUAUUUGAAGAACUUACCACUUAAUGCCUUUCGACCAUUGGAGACGCAAAUUCGAAGCCUAAGAGCGGAAGAAAAUCCCCUUCACUGCAGUUGCGAAUCUCAGGAGCUUUGGGAGUGGUUGCGAGACCAUCAGAAACUCGUUGGUGGUAGCGUAGGUCGUAAUAGGGGCAACGGACUAGGAGUGAAUGACAUGGAAACUGGAUUACUCAGAUGUGAACAGCCCCCAGAAUUGAGAGGUCUUGUCUUCCUGGACCUUGAUCCUCACACCUUCUGCUCAGCCCCGUUGGUCCUUAAACUCGCCAUUCAGGAUAUUCAACCUUUCUCAGUCCUGGUCUCCUGGCAAAGCAGAAAUCACUCCGGUCUCCACGGAUACCAGGUCGCUUAUCAUGCUCUGGACAAUGUUGAAGAGGUAAGAGGUAAGAUGCUUGAUCCAAGUGCUCGAUCAGUAAAACUUUCAAAACUAUCGUCGAACACACGAUACCUGAUUUGUGUUCUGGGUCUUGGCAACUGGUUACCCGAAGGCGGAAAAAGCAAUGCAAUUGAGCAGUCUAACGAAAGCAGAGAAGAUUUUUUCGAGACCACAGCAAUUUCAAAAAUGGUCGAUUCACUAACAAGUAGGUGCAGCGACGUGACAACCUUGGAAGCUCCGGAUGCCGUUGCCAGCAGCGACGAGUCUUCGCUCAGCGACACUGAUACUGUCAACAGCAUAUUAACGAGGCGUUUGGGGUUGAUCGUCGGCUGUUGCAUGGGCUUUGUGGUUUUUGUCCUCCUAAUAUCGGUGCUCGGCUACCUGAAAGUAAAGAAGCAGAGGGAAACUGUCAAAAGGAAUUUACAACCAAUACCUCCAGAGUACAUUUCCUAUCGUCACUUCAGCAUCCAAAGUGGAGAAGCUGGGCACGCUGCCCGAGCAGUAGCUACUAAUCAGGAUGGCCAACAUCCUACCUUUAUGAACAAUGUUGGUAAUUCGACAUUGAAUGUAUAAACAGUUAUUUUUUUUCUUUUGAGUGCUCAUAGUGUCUCUAUUUCGGGAAAAAAUGGAAAAAACUUUAUUGUCUGAAACACGAGUCACUUUUUUAGGGGAAAAUUUCACUACCAACUGGCCACCACGCGCCACCUCGCAGCUUGUACAUGGUAGAUUCUAUUUCAAUUUUACUACUAAAUUAUAAAUUAAAAGUGUCAAAGCGUAUUUCAAUCUCGAUGUGCAAUUUCCAUUCCACAAAUGACUUAGAAUUAAUAACAAAUACUAUAAGCUAAUAAGUGUUACUUGCAGAAACUUUCAACAUUUUCUCAUGCAUAUCAUUUAUUUGAAGCUUCCAUAAAAAAUUACAAAGCUAAUUUUCAUUCCUGAAAAU